UAUUUAACAUUACUAAAGUUAAUCAGUGGAAUCAGAGUCAUGUAGCCUAAAGGUUCUAUGGCAUAACAUUGUGAUGCCCCCUACAUUCAAACACUUGGUCUUUAGCCUGUUGAAAAGAAACACAACGUUCCAUCAUUAGACUUGGCGACAGGCUCUGAUGAAGAUGCUGCAGGUUCCAGUCAUUUACGGUGCGGUAACGGCACCGUCAGCAUCUCAUUAAUAGUGACAUGAAGGCACCGCUUACAGCAUCACAGAGAGAGUGGAGCUGGCAGCACAGCAUCACAGCCAAUGACCUCAGCGGUUCUGCAGCAGAGAGAGAGAGAGAGACGUGAGAGAGAGAGCGGGUGAGAGGGGGAGGGGGAGAGAAGCGGUAAUGGUAUGAGACGCUCCUAAUCUAUAACCGGAGACGCAGACGGGACAGGACUGGACUGAGUGUGUUCGGUGCAGCUCCCGGAGCAUCUGUCUGUCUCUGCGCAAGAUGCUCAGCAGAACCGGGGAAAACCGAUCGGCCGAUUAACUACGUUAGUCCCUGUUAGGUUAAGGAAGAGAGUCAGAAUGACUAUCCCCAAAGACAUUCCUGAAAAGUGGUUCCCCAUCGUUCUUCCACUGCAACAGAAGAAACAACAAGGACUAGAUGCUGCUAAAACCAAGAAGAAGUGGACAGAGGAGGAGAGGAGGGUCCGGGCCAAUGACAGAGAAUACAACGACAAGUUUCAGUAUGCGAGUAACUGUAUUGUGACGUCUAAGUACAACGUCAUCACCUUUCUGCCCGUCAACCUGUUUGAACAGUUCCAGGAAGUGGCCAACACCUACUUCCUCUUUCUGCUCAUACUGCAGUUGAUUCCUCAGAUCUCAUCUCUCUCCUGGUUCACCACCAUAGUGCCUUUAGUCCUGGUGCUCAGCAUCACUGCAGUAAAGGAUGCCACCGACGACUACUUCCGUCACAAGAGUGACAACCAGGUGAACAACCGGCAGUCUCAGGUCGUCAUCCACGGCUCUCUUCAGAAGGAGAAGUGGAUGAAUGUAAGAGUUGGUGAUAUCAUUAAACUGGAGAAUAACCAGUUUGUGGCAGCUGACCUUCUCUUACUGUCCAGUAGUGAACCUCAUAGCCUCUGUUACAUCGAAACCGCAGAGCUAGACGGGGAGACCAAUAUGAAGGUACGUCAGUCUCUGUCUGUGACUGCAGAGCUGGGAGACCCCAACAACCUGGCCUCUUUUGAUGGUGAGGUGGUCUGUGAGCCUCCCAACAACAAGCUGGACAGGUUCUGUGGUCUUCUGUGCUGGAGAGAUUGUAAAUACCCCCUGAGCAACCACAACAUGUUACUACGAGGCUGUGUUCUCCGCAACACAGAGACCUGCUACGGACUGGUUAUCUUUGCAGGCCCAGACACCAAACUGAUGCAGAAUAGUGGUCGCACCAAGUUCAAACGCACAAGCAUCGACCGCCUCAUGAACACGCUGGUGCUCUGGAUCUUUGGCUUCAUGGUGUGUAUGGGUGUGAUCCUGGCUGUGGGGAACGCUGUGUGGGAGAGAGAGGUGGGUUCUCUGUUCCAGAGUUACCUGGCCUGGGACCUGCCUGUAGACAACUUCCUGUUCUCUGCUUUCCUCUCCUUCUGGUCCUACGUCAUCAUUCUCAACACCGUGGUGCCCAUCUCACUCUACGUCAGUGUGGAGGUGAUUAGGCUGGGUCAUAGUUACUUUAUAAACUGGGACAGGAAGAUGUUCUGUCCACAGUGUAACACAGCAGCUGAAGCCAGGACCACCACUCUCAACGAGGAACUGGGACAGGUGGAGUACAUCUUCAGUGACAAGACAGGAACUCUCACUCAGAACAUCAUGAGCUUCAGCAAGUGCUCUAUCAAUGGACAUGCCUAUGGUGAGGUGAUCGACCCGUUGGGAGUACAGCCAAAGAGGCUAGACUUCUCCUCCUUCAACCCCCUGGCUGACCCUGACUUCUGUUACUAUGACAACGGUCUGCUGAAGUCGGUGAAGCUGGGAGACCUUCACAGCCACGAGUUCUUCCGGCUGCUUUCCCUCUGUCACACCGUCAUGAGUGAGGAGAAGAAGGAGGGAGAGUUGAUGUAUAAGGCCCAGUCUCCAGAUGAGGGUGCGUUGGUGACAGCAGCCAGGAACUUUGGUUUUGUGUUCCGGUCUAGAACCCCUGGUACUGUCACUGUGACAGAGCUGGGCCGACCCGUCACAUACACACUGCUGGCCAUCCUCGACUUCAACAACAUCCGCAAGAGGAUGUCCGUUAUAGUGCGUAACCCCGAGGGGAGGAUCCGUCUAUACUGUAAAGGAGCUGAUACUCUGUUGUUUGAGAGGCUCCACCCCUCCAACCAUCACCUGAUGAACAUCACAACAGAUCACCUUAAUGAGUAUGCUGGGGACGGUCUGCGGACCCUGGCCCUGGCCUACAGAGACCUGUCAGAGGAGCAGUGGGAGGAGUGGUCAGAGAGACACCGCCAAGCAGACAGAGCUACAGACUGUAGAGAGGACAGACUGGCUGACAUAUAUGAACACAUAGAACAGGACAUGAUGCUCCUGGGAGCCACAGCCAUAGAGGAUAAGCUACAGGAGGGAGUUCCUGAGACCAUCGCUAUCCUCUCUCUCGCUAACAUCAAGAUUUGGGUCCUCACGGGAGACAAACAGGAGACAGCAGUUAAUAUAGGUUACUCCUGUAAGAUGCUGACUGGUGAUAUGACUGAGGUGUUCAUCAUCAGUGGAAACACAGUGCUGAGUGUCAGAGAGGAACUCAGGAGAGCGAGGGAGAGGAUGAUAGAGUUUGCCCGUACGAGAGAGGGAGGAAAUGAGGAGGGGAUGGAGGGAUGGGGCGAGGCCUGUUCUCUGGGGAAUGGGUUUGGGGAAGACGGGGGAGGAGAGGGGAGAGAGUGGCCCUCCGUGGGGGACAAACAGCAGCAGUGUCCCCCUCCCCCUGGCCCUCCUGCCCCUCGACCCCCCUCCUCAACCACGCUAGACUCCAUAUCUGGAGAGUUCGCCCUCGUCAUCAACGGACAUAGCCUGGCCCAUGCGUUGGAGGCUGAUAUGGAGGGGGAGUUUGUGUCAACAGCGUGUGUCUGUAGAGCAGUGAUCUGCUGCAGGGUGACUCCUCUACAGAAAGCCCUGGUGGUGGAGCUCAUCAAGAAACACAAGAAAGCUGUCACCCUGGCCAUAGGAGACGGGGCUAAUGAUGUUAGCAUGAUCAAGACGGCUCAUAUAGGAGUGGGCAUCAGUGGUCAGGAGGGCAUCCAGGCAGUGCUGGCGUCUGACUACUCCUUCUCCCAGUUCCGCUUCCUCCAGCGCCUGCUGCUGGUCCACGGACGCUGGUCCUACCUCCGCAUGUGUCGCUUCCUCUGCUACUUCUUCUACAAGAACUUUGCCUUCACCAUGGUGCACUUCUGGUUUGGCUUCUUCUGUGGCUUCUCUGCCCAGACAGUAUAUGAUCAGUACUUCAUCACUCUCUAUAACAUCGUCUACACCUCUCUCCCCGUGCUGGCCAUGGGAAUAUUUGACCAGGACGUCCCAGAGCAGCGUAGUCUGGAGUAUCCUAAGCUGUAUGAGCCAGGUCAGCUUAACCUGCUGUUCAACAAGAGAGAGUUCUUCAUCUGUAUAACCCAGGGUAUCUACUCUAGUGUUGUGUUGUUCUUCAUACCCUACGCCAUCCUGUCCCACGGAACCCAGGGCACCGGGGAACCCCUCGCUGACUACCAGACCUUUGCUGUUACCACGGCUACCGCCCUGGUGAUCGUGGUCAGUGUGCAGAUUGCUCUGGACACAGGCUACUGGACAGCCAUCAACCAUUUCUUUGUGUGGGGCUCUGUGGGCACCUUCUUCACCAUCAUGUUGGCCAUGCACAGCCAGACUCUGUUCAGCAUCUUUCCCAACCAGUUCCACUUCGUAGGCAGUGCCCAGAGCACACUGGUCCAGCCGCUGGUGUGGCUGACCAUCGUCUUGGCCACAGUGAUCUGCAUCGUACCAGUUCUGGCGUUCCGAUUCCUCAAACUGGACCUGAAACCACAGCUCUCUGAUACGGUGCGUUACACCCAGCUGGUGCGUCAGAAGACGAGGAAGCCAGCGGGUCGAUGCAUGGGAGGAGUCAGGGGCAGGGGCGGGGGCGUGCCUGAGGGUCGUCUGGGGGCGAGGGGCGGGUCCAGGAGGUCAGGAUAUGCCUUUGCCCACCAGGAGGGAUUUGGGGAGCUCAUCACCUCUGGGAAGAACAUGAGACUGUCCUCCCUGGCCCUGGCCAACUUUGCCUCCAGACACAGCUCCAGCUGGAUAGACACCCUGCGCAAAAAGAAACACUCAACCACACAUCCCCCCCAGAGCGCCUCAGGAGAGAGCAGCCCAGCUCCUAGCUAUGUGUCUGGAUCAGCUCCCCCCCUGUCCAAUUCAUCCUCUCUCCUGGGGGGGUCGCAGGACACUCCCCUGGAGGAGGGAACACACACGCUGCCUGUCAUACUCCCACAGGUGGCUUCUGGCGCUCCCACAACCACACCUCCAGCGUUAGCUCCAGCCCAGGUCCCCUCUACUGACGCUCUCACCCCCACCUCGGUGAGGAGUCCUGGGGAGACUCGGUUGGUGGCUGGAACCUUAGUCUGGGCGCUGUACAGGAUGCUCUAUUUGGUUGGAGGGGCGGUGCCUCUCGCACCAGCGGAACCAGCAGCCCGGGACCUCCCCUUGUUCCCAAGGAAAACAACCACACCGUGUGAGACGGAUGGACAGAUGAUAGAAAGAAGAAGGACAGGCUGUCAUAUCCCACUGGAUUCUCUUGGAAUACGUGAAGAAAUACUGCAUUUGGAAGUUUGGAAUACUGAAGUUGGAAUGGCACUCACCCUGGGUUAGGAAGCGAUCCAAAGUGGCAGCCAUUGUAGGCAGAAGGCAUACACACCCAUCAACACCCACUGGUAUUUGUAUGACACUGUCGUUGCAAUAGUGUUGGUACAUAUAUGUAUCCGUCUGAAAGAUAGUGUGUGGUAUUUGUGAUAGACAUGCUCAGACUACCCACAACCCACUUCUCUGUUUUCUUCAACCAAUGAGGUGGACUGAAAGAAGCACUUCUUCAUGCAAAUGAUGUAACCAUCUGCUGAAGAGCUUGGUACCACAGGGAUCCGGAGAGAAACCCCGCUCCAACAACACCACUGUGGUUCAGACAUGACUAUACUAUUUAUACAAUGGAUCAUAUGUCAUAACAUAUCAGAUUGGUUCAAAACAAAGUAUUGAAUUGAGUCUUUAUGACAGAAGAGAGGUCCAUUUGAUCGUCAGAAAGGUGGUGAAUUGAGUCUUUAUGACAGAAGAGAGGUUCAUUUGAUCGUCAGAAAGGUGGUGAAUUGAGUCUUUAUGACAGAAGAGAGGUUCAUUUGAUCGUCAGAAAGGUGGUGAAUUGAGUCUUUAUGACAGAGGGGGGGUCAUUUGAUCGUCAGAAAGGUGGUGAAUUGAGUCUUUAUGACAGAAGAGAGGUUCAUUUGAUCGUCAGAAAGCUGGUGAAUUGAGUCUUUAUGACAGAAGAGAGGUUCAUUUGAUCGUCAGAAAGGUGGUGAAUUGAGUCUUUAUGACAGAAGAGAGGUUCAUUUGAUCGUCAGAAAGGUGGUGAAUUGAGUCUUUAUGACAGAAGAGAGGUUCAUUUGAUCGUCAGAAAGGUGGUGAAUUGAGUCUUUAUGACAGAAGAGAGGUUCAUUUGAUCGUCAGAAAGGUGGUGAAUUGAGAUGAAAUAGCAGAAUGAGUGGUUUUUAUGAUCAGCUGUUGUUAGACAUAGUACUCCAAUACACCUGUCUGUAUCCAGCUGUUAACCAAUCAUAAACAUGUCUUUAAUAGGCCAAGUAAUGCUAUCUACCUUCUCUAAUAAUGUAUGACACAGUGUAAACCAAUGCAGUAGUGUAGAGCUGUCCAUCUAACCUGUACAGUCUGUAUGAGGAAGGUCUCUGGAACCUUAUCAGUGGUCCUGGUCUUUGUAUUCAUGGUUACAUAUUGCUGUGUCACCAUGCCCAAAGACUUAGUCAAACCAGACAGGCUGCACGAUCCUACACUCUUAUGGGUACAUACUACUGUACAUUCUCUAUCUGUCUGCCUGACUGUCUGUCUGACUGACAUUUUCACAUACAUAGUCCGUCUGUUGUUUUAGCCAAUAACUUGGCAGGACACUGAGGGGUUCAGUCAGCCAACCAAUGACUGAAGAAUGCAGGAUGCUGUCCUUGCUGGAAUGUUGUAGUAUAUGUCAUCAUAAGUUCAUGGGCGGAGCUUCUGUGUUCACUAUAGUUCUCAGUGAGAAUGCCAUUUUAAGCUUACCGGACACAGCAAGACUCCUCUUCGUCAUGUUCUUCUUCAUCCUCCUCCUCUGCACCAUAUUGGUGACCUGCUGCUGGGCCCAUAGACAGAACUACAGUUAUAUCUCAGACUCUGAGCCCCACCUGUACUGGGCUUAAGAGAGAGGAGAUGGACUUCUAACAAAAACCUGGACCUCCAUGUUGCUUUGGGGCGGACUGAGUGUGUGGGAAAGUAUGCUAAUAUGGACUUAUACAGUCAGACAGUAACCUGUAGUUACCUAGAGACUGAGCUGGUCUAGGAACAGGAGAACGUGUUAAUGAGGGAGGGAUCAGGGAUGUUAUUAUUAAGCCUUAAUAAAUCCACAGUAAUGAUGAUCAACCCAAUUCAUCCCUCUACUAGGCAUGUCAUCAUGUAGCGUAUUCCUUCUAUACAGCAGGGGGAAACAAACCCAGUCCUCCAGGGCCACUGGAAUGAUGCUUUCACUGUUGUACUCUACAGCAUACAGCUUCUGGUUAGAAAGAUAUAGGGUGAAACUAGGUGAGACAGCUGUUGUACUCUACAGCAUACAGCUUCUGGUUAGAAAGAUAUAGGGUGAAACUAGGUGAGACAGCUGUUGUACUCUACAGCAUACAGCUUCUGGUUAGAAAGAUAUAGGGUGAAACUAGGUGAGACAGCUGUUGUACUCUACAGCAUAAAGCUUCUGGUUAGAAAGAUAUAGGGUGAAACCAGAUGAGACAGCUGUUGUACUCUACAGCAUACAGCUUCUGGUUAGAAAGAUAUAGGGUGAAACUAGGUGAGACAGCUGUUGUACUCUACAGCAUACAGCUUCUGGUUAGAAAGAUAUAGGGUGAAACCAGGUGAGACAGCUGUUGUACUCUACAGCAUACAGCUUCUGGUUAGAAAGAUAUAGGGUGAAACUAGGUGAGACAGCUGUUGUACUCUACAGCAUACAGCUUCUGGUUAGAAAGAUAUAGGGUGAAACUAGGUGAGACAGCUGUUGUACUCUACAGCAUACAGCUUCUGGUUAGAAAGAUAUAGGGUGAAACUAGGUGAGACAGCUGUUGUACUCUACAGCAUACAGCUUCUGGUUAGAAAGAUAUAGGGUGAAACCAGAUGAGACAGCUGUUGUACUCUACAGCAUACAGCUUCUGGUUAGAAAGAUAUAGGGUGAAACUAGGUGAGACAGCUGUUGUACUCUACAGCAUACAGCUUCUGGUUAGAAAGAUAUAGGGUGAAACUAGGUGAGACAGCUGUUGUACUCUACAGCAUAAAGCUUCUGGUUAGAAAGAUAUAGGGUGAAACUAGGUGAGACAGCUGUUGUACUCUACAGCAUACAGCUUCUGGUUAGAAAGAUAUAGGGUGAAACCAGGUGAGACAGCUGUUGUACUCUACAGCAUACAGCUUCUGGUUAGAAAGAUAUAGGGUGAAACCAGAUGAGACAGCUGUUGUACUCUACAGCAUACAGCUUCUGGUUAGAAAGAUAUAGGGUGAAACUAGGUGAGACAGCUGUUGUACUCUACAGCAUACAGCUUCUGGUUAGAAAGAUAUAGGGUGAAACCAGAUGAGACAGCUGUUGUACUCUACAGCAUACAGCUUCUGGUUAGAAAGAUAUAGGGUGAAACCAGAUGAGACAGCUGUUGUACUCUACAGCAGUGGUAUUCAAAGUCCAGGUCUCGAGUGAACUGCAGUUGGAUCGCAGCCAGAAAACAAAAAAACAUAUAUUUUUUUUAGGAACAAAAAAUGAAGAGUACAGAUUAUUGUAUGGGUCAACAUAAAAAUGUUUUUGAGAAAGAUCAUUUGAAAAAUAAAAUGUAUUUAUUGUUUUCUUUUAAUUUUGAUAAGAGAUGAA